CGCCACUAGAAGCGGAACCGGAGAGCACACCACUUGCGCGUCCCCUUCCUUGUAUUCACACCGGAGAGCGCAGCGAAAACGCGGAAGCAGAGAGCCCUGCCCUCCUCCUCCUCCUCCUCCUCGCUCCCUCUCCCCGGCUGGUUUCCGUCUCCGAUGGCGGCUCGCGCCGUGGCCCUCGCGGCGCUCCUCGCCGUCGCCGCCACCCACGGCGUCGUCUACGCGUCCAACGACGAGGGGGACGCGCUCUACGCGCUGCGGCAGCGCCUCAGGGACCCCAACGGCGUGCUGCAGAGCUGGGACCCCACGCUCGUCAACCCCUGCACCUGGUUCCACGUCACCUGCAACCAGGCCAGCCGCGUCGAACGCCUGGAUUUGGGCAACUCCAACAUCUCCGGCUCCCUUGGCCCUGAGCUUGGCCGCCUUGUGAACCUCAAAUACCUGGAGCUGUACAGGAACAAUUUUGAUGGCGAGAUCCCAAAGGAAUUGGGUAAUCUGAAGAAUCUGAUCAGCUUAGAUUUGUAUGGCAACAAGCUCACUGGAGGAAUCCCCAAGUCACUUUCCAAGCUCAAGUCACUCAGAUUCAUGCGCUUGAACAACAACCAGCUUACAGGAUCAAUUCCAAGGGAGCUUGCCAAGCUUUCCAACCUCAAAGUCAUUGACCUGUCUAACAAUGACCUAUGUGGAACUAUUCCUGUUGAUGGACCUUUCUCAACAUUCCCUCUUCGAAACUUCGAGAACAACAGCAGGCUCAACGGUCCAGAGCUGCAAGGGUUGGUUCCCUAUGACUCCGGAUGUUAAAUGCUGCUGGAAAAGAACAAUCGACAAUGUAUCCCAUCCCUAGUUGAAAGGAGUAAAAACAAGUUGGUAGCACAAACAGAAACCUAGCUUGGAGAAUGUGGUGAUAGUGUGUAUCCAGACAAGAUUUGAGGGCGUCAUAGCAGGUCCUGAUAUAUACAGUAUAUGUGUAUUCAGACAACAGCAUAAAGAAAGAAUGUAUUCAGACAAGUUCUGUUUGGCUGAUACUGUGAUACAGUUGUGCCAUUCAUAUGCUGCUUUUACCGCAACUGUGUUGAUAUUUUGUGCAUCCA